UUAGCCCAUUCAGUCAGCAGUACCCAGCCCUGCGGACACACAUUCAUAAAACAGGCAGCUAAUUUGAAAGAAGUCACUGCUUCAUCUCCCUGGAACAAGUUCUGCAGUUUAAGUAUAGCAAUAUGUUUUGUGUUAACAAACAAACAUGCUGGUAAGCAGUCAGACAGAAGAGCAGAUACAUCCAUAUUCAGCAUGUACUCUUUGCAAUGAUAUCUACAAGUCUUUGAACACCCUGGAUUUAGGCUUGCUCUUGGACUGGCAUGUUUUAUUCUUCUCCAUUAUUUUCUUAGCCCUUCACUUUACUUCUUUCAGAACAAAAUCUUCUCUUUGCACUUUCUUAAUCAGAAAACUUAAUGACAGUAGGAGUGGAAACCAGAACCCAGGAAAACAAGAGGUCAAGGUUACUGUAAUCCAAAAAGGAAAUCUUCUCAUUCCAGGAUGGAUGUCUGCACUCACAGAGGUGGUGCGAUAUGUAUAGAUGCAGAGCAGAUUCAUGCACGCAGCUAAGAAGAGAAGUGAACAAGGUGAAAUUUCUUCAAGACAACAGUGAGUGAUCAAAGGCCACAUUUGGCUAAGGAAAUACAAACAGAAAAAAUUAAUAUGACACCACAUAUCUACUCAUUUCUGUAAUUUCAGAUAGGAUUUUCAGAUGUACCUUGACUCCAGCAUUCAAGUCACUCUUGGUCUUCCCAUUCCCUUCAGGUGCAGCUAAUCCAAGCAGGUGACUGGUAAGUGAUGCUGAGAAUGGAUGCAUCUCCAGAAGAUCAGCAGCAAAACCAACAAGUCCUUUCCAUUGAUCAGAUCCGCUCCAUCAGAGCCAUCAGCAAUGACUAUGUUGAGAGACCCACUGUCUCCUUCUCUGCAAGGUUAGCACAGCCUAAUCAAUCAUUUCAGCAGUUAUCCGAAAAGUAUGACUGGGGUCAAGAUAAUCUUUUUGUUGCAGGCGUACCUUCCCAGGAGCAUGUCCCUUUCCAGACCCAUCAUCUCCACUCUUCGCAGUAUUUCAUCAGCCGUUCCAGCACGCUAAGCUCUGUGUCACCAAGCAGUACCGCAUCAGAUCACAGACUUCUUACAGGGCGAUCACCAUCCUUUUCAGGACAAACAAUUGUAAAGGCACAACCAAAGGGAGACUUAAAGGCAACAAAGUUCCUUGCUGGGAUAGCAGGGCCUGACCAUUACUCUGGUCAUCUCUUUAUCUGUGAACAGUGUGGGAAGUGUAAGUGCAAUGACUGCACAGCCAUGCAGAGUUUGCCUUCUUGUUGGCUCUGCAAUCAGCGGUGUCUCUGCUCUUUGGAGAGCAUCAUAGACUAUGCCACAUGCUUGUGUUGCAUUAAAGGUCUAUUCUACCACUGUUCCACAGAUGAUGAGGACAACUGUGCUGAUGAGCCAUGCUCAUGCACACACGGUGGUCACUACUGUACACGAUGGGCUGCCAUGAGCCUUCUCUCACUUUUCAUGCCCUGUCUCUGCUGCUACCCCCCUGCUAAAGGCUGUCUCAAACUCUGUCACAAGUGCUAUGAUGGCAUCAAAAGGCCUGGAUGUCGAUGUAAAAACCAUACCAAUACAGUCUGCAGAAAGAUUUCUUCUUCCAGUGGCACUCCAUUUCCAAAAACUCUGGAUAAGCCUGUAUGAAUUUGUAACUUACCGCUGCAUUCUCUCCUCCUAAAGUAAGCUGGAUCUUUUCCUAAUGCCAACUCUCUGCAUAUGCUAAAGUAAUCCUAAAACUCCACAGUCUCUGAGGAAAGAAAAUGUUGUUUGUCGAUGUCAACUCAGAUAGCUUUAGUAAGUUGAUAUGAAGACAUAAUUAAGAACACCAUCUGGACAUAAUGGCAGUAAGUGUGAGGGAUGGAUUCUGCAUCACUUUCUCUAUGGAUAUUUUGUUAACAUCUUUAUUAUAUGCCUUUGAGUUCUUUACCAGUGGGCUGUAUUCUAUUGUCAUUGCCACUUGGGUAGACUCUGAGUUCAGGAUUUGUUUCCUAAUAUCCACUGGAUUUCAGACAUCCUGCGGUGGUACAACAGCAACAUUGUUGAUGUACCUUUAGUGUUCAAAGCCAAAACAAAAGGUAGGGUGUAUGUCUCUGCAUUUCUCAUGAAUAUCCAUGAAAGCCACUUCUCUUAAGUGACAAUGACAAAGUGGGCAAGGGCUGUCUGAUGGUGCAUGAAUGAAACUGCUCCGAUACUUUGUAUCUUCUGUAUAAGCUAUUCUCUAAAUAUUUAUAGACUGUUCAACUGUUUUGCACCUUUUCUGGGAAAUUUACCUUAAAUCUUUUAGGAUUAAAACAAAUAAGUCAAUUAAAUAAAUAAUUGAAAACCGACAGAUAUGAUUGUUGUGCUCUUCCAAAUAAAAGCAAGAAAACGUCUCAUAUAUUACUCAUAAACUCCUGCAAGAAUGUGUCAUGU